UCUCAAUAAUGCUGUGGCUUAUGCGUCUCUUUCUGCAUAAAAUUUCUUCAAAGUUUUGGCCAAAUGGGAAAUUGUUUGAAGAAAUUACAACUUGAAGAUCCUAACCAACCGGUUGCCAUUCCUCAUCCUCACGCUGAUGGAGUCGAAGGGAUAGUAUUUCAGACCAAAAAAAUUGGUAAAACAUCUCAUCAUGAUAGAAUCUCAUCUGCUUUCACAGAAAAACAUGGUAAACAUGAAAGUCAACGCAGAUCACCACUUGCAGAUAGAAACUCAGGUGCUUCAAUUUCUUCUAACACCCAAAUAGUUGGCAGAAAACGAAGAAAAAAUAGAAGGCGUGGUAACCAACAAACUUCAAGAAACUGGAAUAGUAACGGUAAGAAAGAAGUGUUGCAUGGUUACAAGAGCUACUGCUUCUGCUAUAGUGUUUUGAAGGCCGCAACCCAGAAAUUCAAUAGCAAGAAUUUGCUCGGACAAGGCGGUUCCGCUGAUGUUUAUAAAGGAUUUCUCAGUUACUGCAACUGCACCUACACCGCUUCAAAACCAAAUGCUGGACUUGCAGUUGCUGUCAAAAUACUCAGAAAAAAAGAUCCACAAGGCCAAGAAGAAUGGGAGAAUGAAGUGAAGUUUCUGAGCAAAUUAAACCAUCCAAACAUAGUGCAACUAAUAGGGUAUUGCUGCGACGGUGAACACAGAAUUUUGGUGUAUGAAUGCAUGUCUAGAGGAAGUUUGGAGGACCAUCUCUUGAAAGAGGUUGAAAGAAAGCUAAACUGGCGCACAAGAAUAAAUAUAGCGUUUGGGAUAGCCGAAGGACUAGCUUAUAUUCACGCACGUGGAAAGCCUAUCAUUCACCGGGAUCUCAAAGCCUCGAAUAUCCUGCUUGACGCUAACUUCAAACCCAAGCUUUCGGACUUUGGUCUAGCGCUUUAUGGACCCAAAGGCGAUGUUGAUCAUGUUAGCACAAGGGUCCUUGGUACCAGAGGUUACUUUGCUCCAGAAUACAUUGGAACAGGGCAUUUGACACUAAAGGUAGAUGUAUAUUCCUUUGGAGUGGUACUUCUACAGAUUUUAUCUGGUUAUGGUGCAGUGAAGAAAUUCACAGAUGGGACUACGGGAAACCUUGUACAAUGGGCUGAACCGCGAUUUAGUCAGCUCAGAAUUGAUAGCCUUGUUGACGAAGCACUUGGAAACAACUUUCCAAUGGAAGAGGCUCGCAGGUUUGCAGAACUUACACAACAAUGCCUCCAUCUAGAUCCUCAGAGCAGACCAACAAUGGCUGAAGUUGUGACCAAGUUAGAACAAUUACAGCAAAAUGCCCGCGGGAGCUGCAACCAGACCUCUCCUCCAAUUGCUAGAAACCAGACCCCUCCUACAAUUGCUACGUUUUCUUCAUGUCCUCCUCCCUCUACUAAGAAGCUCCGAAGCCAUGCAUGGAGAGACACCUCCUAUCCAACUUAUUGCUGA